AGGUGUACAUGGUGCCGUCAGUGGUAAAGGAAGCAUCAGGUCUGUUCACCAUCACCAGCACCCUGAUGAUGCAGCCCCAGAAGGCUGACAAGGACAGCGUGUACCACUGCACCGUGGAGUACAGCAUGCCCAACGACAUGAUCAAACAGAUCGACUCUGACACCUUCUCCCUCACCCUCAACUAUCCCUCUGAGACAGCGACCUUUGUCCUGGUGAACACUGAGCCAAUCAGAGAGGGUGACGAGGUGAAGAUGAUGUGUGAGACAGACGGAAACCCUCAGCCUGAGAUUGAGUUCUUGAAGGAUGGGAUAAACAUUAAGGAAGGAGUUGCAGGGGGACUUUUGACUCUGAAGUCCGUCAAGCGUUCGGAUGCUGGGGUGUACAAGUGUACGGCCARCGACUUUGAUAACCUGGAUGCUGAUCUUAAUGGAGAAGUCACUCUCUCUGUCCACUGUAAACCUGAGAUUGAUGCAGCUGUUGAUGGAAUGGUGGAGAAGGAGGGAGACAUGGGACUCUGUCCUGCUCUGCUCACGGACACCCUGCCCCACAGUUCACCUGGACACCCCAGAAAGGAGUCGGUGUCGGUAGGUUAA